AUGGCUCCCUCCAAAACAAUAGAUGCACUAUCAAGUGCUAUCGUUGCUCGGUUCCUGCGCAACAAUGACUAUUCCGAGACACUGAAGGCUUUUCUCCGCGAGGCUGACCUUGCUCCCGACGUGGGGCAGACCUCGGGCGAUGACACCAACAACUGGACCAUCCAAAGCUUGCUCGAAGAGAAGAACACCUAUGAUCAAACCGUGAAUUUUGAAAGAUAUGGCAAGGGUCAUCAACAGUCAGCUUUAUGGAGCGAGCCAGCACCAUCAAGACCUGCUCUCAUUCAGACACCGACAUCAUCAAAUAUCCUUGCUGCGUCGGUAGAGCAAUGGCAGAAACCCCGCGGCUAUGCCGAUGAAGCCGCCGCAGAGGCUGCAUCAGCGCAGUCUUAUGUCGUCUCCACGGGUGCAGACAGACAAGUCCAUUUACUCGAGACAGCAGAAGGCAAUACGGCUAUCAAAUCAUUCUCGGGCCUUUCUGAUUCACCCAUUCUAUCAUUGAUCUCGAUCCUUCAGGGCCGGUACAUCCUCAUGACCAACAUGUCCGGACAGCUGCUCCUCCAGCAUGGAUCUCAAACGCUGGACAGCAGGAAGGAUCAUGCAAAGUACGUGGUGAAGGUGGUAGCCUACGAAGACAAGGCCGAUCCUUGCAAGUGGUGGGUUGCCACCGCCGGGUGGGACGAGUGUGUUUUCUUAUAUUGCCUCAAUAUCCCCGAAGAAGCAGACGCACCAGCUCUCAAGAUUGGCGAGCCCGUCACAUACAUUAAGCUCGUUUCAAACCCGGAAUCACUGCUGUUUGUCCCACAUGUGGACACCAACGAGCUGCUCCUCCUCGUCUCGCGCAGAGACUCGACUUAUAUCUACUACUACCAGGUAAAAGCAGCAUCGGAAGAAACUGAUACUAAUGAAAAUGAUGGAACCGCUGCGGAGAAGUCCCCACGAGAAGCUCGCCUCCUUGGACAGCAGAACCUGGCCCCCCAUUCAAAUACCUGGGUUGUGUUCUCGCCGGCCCAUAUGGCGCUCAGUCCACACGACCCAGGCCUCUUGGCCGUAGCGACGUCGACAUUACCCCAUCUGAAAGUGAUCAUCGUGCGUCUGCUAUUCCCUGCAACGAAGACAGCGCCCGCUUCAGAGGACCCGGUGACACAGGCGUCUCAAGCACUGGCAACACUGGAAUUGCAGAACCGCGAGGAUGCUGCUAUCCUCGUGCAGGCAAACACCUUCGCGCCGCAAACUGCUUACUCCACACCGCAGGUGGCAUGGCGGCCUAAUGGGUCUGGGGUCUGGGUCAAUGGAGAUGAUGGUGUGGUUCGUGGCAUCGAGGCGAAGACCGGGAAGAUCAUUGCUACGUUGAAGGGUGGUCAUGAAUCCGGCUCUAAGGUGAGGACCGUUUGGUCGGGGUAUGUCGCUGUACCUCAGGAAGAGGGUGACCCGGUCUGGGAGGAAUGGGUUGUCAGUGGUGGGUUUGAUAAAAGAUUGGUUGUUUGGAAGGUAUGA